AAAACUUUACAUCAAUCGUAAUGGAUGGGACAAAUGAAGAAAACACCGAUGGGGAUGCGUGGCCUGGUUAUGCCCACCUGUUGGCCGGCUCUUUUCUGACCCUGGUUUUCAUCAUAUCCAUAAUCGGUAACAGUGUCGUACUCUUUCUUUUCGCCUGGGAUCGCCACUUACGAACUCCUACCAACAUGUUCCUUCUCUCACUUACCAUCAGUGAUUGGCUCGUAACAGUCGUGGGGAUUCCUUUUGUGACGGCAUCCAUAUAUGCACACCGUUGGCUCUUCGCCCACGUUGGUUGUAUAUCAUAUGCAUUCAUCAUGACGUUCCUUGGUCUCAACUCGUUAAUGUCCCAUGCUGUGAUCGCUGUCGAUCGAUAUCUUGUCAUCACAAAACCACAUUUCGGCAUCGUGGUGACGUACCCCAAGGCCUUCUUGAUGAUAUCCAUACCGUGGGUGUUCUCAUUCGCCUGGGCCGUGUUUCCACUAGCCGGUUGGGGUGAAUUCACCUAUGAAGGAACAGGUGCUUGGUGUAGUGUGAGAUGGGAUAGUGAUCAACCUCAGAUCAUGUCUUACGUACUCGCGAUGAUGUUCUUAACGUUCAUAUCCAGCAUCGUGAUCAUGAUGUAUUGCUACAUCUGUAUCUUUCUCACGACGAGGAGAAUGCCACGAUGGGCUACGUCCAACAGCAUCAAGACACAUGAGAGGAAUAGAAGAAGAAGAGAACAGAAGUUAUUGAAGACCCUUAUCGCCAUCGCCAUUGCUUUCCUGGUGGCCUGGUCACCGUAUGCCAUUACGUCAAUGAUUGUUGUCUUUGGUGGAUCUGAACUGCUCUCGCUGACGGCCACUACUCUACCUUCUCUCUUCGCUAAGAGUAGUGUCAUGAUAAACCCAAUCAUCUAUGCCGUCACCAGCAGAGUGUUCAGGAAGAGCCUCAAGAAGAUGCUGACUUCAUUCUUCCCUGGGUGUAUGACUUACAUAAUGACUGACAAAAGUCCUCCUAGUAGCUCCAGACCGAUACAAUUAGGCCUAUCAAGUGACAGCAAGCUGAAGAAAGACGACCAGACGAGUUCAUGUCUUGUACCAGGUAACUACGAGAUAUGUGCGGCGGCCGUUCCGGUGCCACCAUCUGCUGUCUUGCCCAAAGUCAACGUCGAACCGAGCGGUAACAGAUUAUCAGCAGCUAUCGAAAUGGAACGGUUAAACAAGCUGUUGCCAGGGAAACACGGGAAAGGACGCCCACCUUAUUUCGGUAGACGCGCAUCCGAUAUUGGCAUACCCGAGACUGGAUACAAGACAGUCGUGAAGGAGGUAACGCAACUUGACGAGGAGAGUCAGAACUGCGUGACAGCAGAGGGCGCUGUGGAGGUAAUAGGGGAUCGCGCAAAGCAGAAUUCAGUCUCGACGGAUAACUGUUCCUUAGAAUUGAACCAUAUUAUCGAUGGAAUCCACGGCAAGUAUGCUGGAAUAAAACAAGACGUGGAUGAUGAAGAAGAGGAUACAAGUUGUGACCAAAUUAAAGAAAUUCCCGUGAAAGAACCAAAGAAAUUGAGCAAGUUGGACAAGACUAGUUGCUCUGUUGUUUCUGCCGGAGGUAAAGAAGACAAAAGAAAGACAGCGAUAGCGAUAGACUAUUACAGCUCUCAGAGCAGUGUUAAUGCGGACAGUGGUGUUUUUGAAACGAGCCCAAAUUGCAACACGGCAAAGAAAUCACAAAUUAGCGUGCAAAGGCAAAUAGAAAAUGAAAUAUAGCUGCUAGUGUAGCAUUAAAAAGCCGAUCAAUUUACCAGAGUAAGGUGAACUGAAAAUAUAUAAAAAAUGACCUAUAUGUUAUAUUUAUACUAUUUAAUUAUAAGUUAAUGAAGAGCAUUUGCAUAAAUAAGUUUCAGCAGGAGAGACGGCCCCCUAAAAUCUCUUUUGUGGCAUGCAUAAUUGUUUUGCACCCGUUUGAUAAGAUGCCUUUUAUUUCUGUGUCUCUUCUCAAACAUUGAGCAGUGUCUAGCCUACAGGAAAGCUUGCCUGAUCUUUGAUUUAAAUAACAAUAUGUCCUGGGGGCGUUUCACAAAACUUGUCAUCAGUGACAAGUGAUCGUUUUUGUUAUAAGCUACUGAAAUCCUUGCUUCUGAUUGGUUAUCAGCCGAUUUGUCACUGAUUUUUGCAUUUGUCAUUGAAAAAAAGCUUUGUGAAACGAGUCCCUGGACACUGAUACUUAUAGAGUUGUAAUUCUAUACCAUAAAGGUUCAAGGAACCUCACAAUGGGUUGUGGGAUGCAAAAACGAUAUGACAGUUUUUAAACCGUUUAUUAACAAAAAUUCUAUUAUAAACCGCUUCAUGAAGAUUCUAGGCUUCGAUCUGAUAGAAGUCGAAGCUGCAUGCCUAAAGCGCGCUACUUCUCUCUCUCUCCCUCCCUCUUUCGCUCUACUCUCUCUCUCUC